AUGGGUUAUCUCAGCCUUGUUGGACUUAUAUCAUGUGCGGUAGUACUAACUUUAGCCCAUACUCAUACUCAUGAAGCACCACAUUUGAAAUAUUCCCGUGAAGUCAACGAGGCUGCUAGUGAUGAUCAUGAACAUGCUCAUGCUCAUGCCCAUUCUCAUGGUGGUGGAGGGUGUCCACAUGCUCACGCUCAUUCUCACGAUCAUGCUCACGAUCACGCCCAUGAUCAUGCUCAUUCUCAUGAUACCCAUGCUCAUUCUCAUGAUACCCAUGCUCACUCUCAUGACACUCAUGCUCAUUCACACGAAGCUCAUGGUCACUCUCAUGAUUCUCAUGGACAUAGCCAUGGAGGACAUACCGCCUCAAAGAGAAGUGUUCCUGAAUAUCAAUACGAAGGAUAUUUAUCUUUCAUGAAUGAUGCUAAGACUAGAGUUUGGGUUCAAGCUGUCGGGGCUACUCUCAUUAUCAGUGCUGCACCCUGCUUCAUUCUUCUUUUUAUCCCAAUCCAAGCUAACACAGCUGAGUCUGGUCCACUCUUGAAAGUCCUUCUCGCUUUUGGUUCUGGUGGUCUUCUAGGAGAUGCUUUCUUACAUCUUAUCCCACAUGCACUUCCCGCUGGUGAUAGUCAUGGGCAUUCUCAUGCUCAUUCUCAUGAAGGAGGACAUAGCCAUUCUCAUGAUAACUCCGUUGGAGGAUGGGUUCUCGGUGGUAUCAUAGCUUUCCUCUUCGUUGAGAAGAUUGUAAGAAUUCUACGAGGUGAGGAUGGACAUGGUCACAGCCAUGGUGGUCACUCACAUAGUUCUAAGGCUAAGCACUCGGACGAUGAAUCGGAUUCGGAUAAGAAAGAGAAGAAAGAUAAGAAGAAGAAGGCCAAAGAAGGAGAAAGCGAAGACAAAAAUGCCCAUACUAGCAUCAAGGUUGCUGCUUAUCUUAACCUGGUUGCUGAUUUUGCUCACAAUUUCACUGAUGGUCUCGCCAUUGGAGCUUCAUUUAUUGCUGGUCCCACAGUUGGCUUCGUGACAAUGGUUACCGUAUUAGUGCAUGAAGUUCCUCAUGAAAUUGGAGACUUUGCUAUUCUUAUCCAAUCGGGGUACUCUAAGCGGAAGGCUAUGCUCGUUCAACUAGUAACUGCGCUAGGAGCUCUUUCCGGAUGUGUUCUCUCCUUGUGGGCUGGAGAUGCCGGUCAUCUUGCCGAAGAGGCAGCUAGUAGCUGGGUUCUCCCAUUCACCGCCGGAGGUUUCAUUUACAUAGCCACUGUUUCCGUCAUUCCUGAAUUAUUGGAGAAUUCAUCAUUAGUGCAGUCUGUGAAGGAAAUCUUCGCUUUGUUAGCCGGAAUUUACAUGAUGUAUCUUAUUGCUUUGUACGAAUGA